AUGUCUAAUAGUGAAUUUAAAGCACGUGCACUUUAUGAUUUUGCUGCUGAAGGUCCGAAUGAACUUAGUUUUAAUGCAAAUGAUAUUCUUACAAUAACAUCAAAUAGAGCUGGACAUGGAUGGUGGUUUGCAAAAAAUUCAUCUGGACAAGUUGGUGUUAUUCCAGAAAAUUAUGUUCAAGCUUUAGCUGAUCCACCAGAACCUAAUGAACCACCACCACCAUUAUCAACAUUUUCAAAUACAAAUAAUACAUAUUUAAAUAAAGAUAUUUUUAAUAGCAAUAAUAAUUUAUCAAAAACAUCAUCAAUACCACCAAGUCAUCCACCAUCAUAUGAUCCACCGCAAUAUAUGAAUCCAACAUCAUAUAAUAAUUGGCAACCAAUAGAUUCCUCAACAUGGCAAUCAUCAUCACCAUCACCAGUACAACCUCUGCAAGUAAAUGAAGAACACAUAACUAAUUCUAUUCAAUCUUUAAAAUUUCCUACAGAAACAGAGGAAAAAUUCGUCAAUGCUAAACUUAUAACAACUAAUUCAUAUGAUGAAUAUAUUAAAGUCAUAGAUGUCAUAAAUGUAUCAUCAGAAUUUAAUUUUCUUCCAAUUACAAAUUCAAAUUCAAAUUCAUUACUAAGAAAUUCAUGGAAUGAACAACUAGAUGAUUUUUAUGAUUAUCUACCAAAUACUCCGGCGCCUCCUUUAAUAAAUACAAAACAAUUAUCUCCAUUUUUUUUUCCAAAUUUUCUAAUAUCCACACAACAACAAACGACAAAGUCAAAUCAGUAUUUAAUUCCAGUAUCCUCAUCACCAACAGAGUCAAUUUAUGGUUCAAUAGAUGAUAUUCAACUAUCAUUAGCAACACGUACAUCAACAAGAAGAGAUACUGAUUCUGAUGAUAGUUUUAGUGAUUCUGAAUAUCCACCACAAUCAUCACAAACUAUGAAUUCAACUACAUUAACACCAAAUUCAACAUUUUCAAAUACAACUAGAACCUCAAUGGCUAGUGGUGAAGCUAACAGAACUACACCACGAGCUCGAUUUUUUGAUAAACAUGGUUUAGAUAAUUAUUUAUUAAAUGGAUCUAAAGCAAAAUCUGAUGAACAUGUUGAAAUAAGUUUUGAUGAAACAGAAGGUGGUGUUCAUUGGUCACAUAAUCCUGGUUUACCACCGUUUAGUUGUAAAGUUGAAGAUCCAUCAAAAGGAACAAAACUAGGAGGAUUAAAAGCUUUUACAGAAUAUAAAAUACAUCCACAAAUUCCAGGAAGUCGAUAUGUUUGUAGACGUUAUAAACAAUUUGAUUGGUUACAUGAACAACUUGUUAAUAAAUUUCGUUUUGUUUGUAUACCACCAUUACCUGGAAAACAGAUAGCUGGACGAUUCGAGCAAGAAUUUGUUGAAGAACGUCGACGACAACUUGAAUUAUGGCUUAAUCGUGUAUGUCGUCAUCCGGUACUUUGUGCUACAUAUGCUGUUCAACAUUUUAUUACAUGUGAAACUAAUGACAAGAAUAGAAAAGAUUGGAAAGGAGGAAAACGAAGAGUUGAAAAAGAUGAUUUACGUGAAGCAUCAUGGCUUUCAUGUGUUACUUUAACAAAUACAGGAUUAUCUGAAUCAGAAAUUGCAUCACAAAUUGAAACAUUUGCCCAACAACAACCAGGUCUUGAGAUACAAUUAAAAAAUCUCUAUCAAGGUUUAUCGAAAUAUCUUGAAAGAUAUACGGAGGUUUAUGAACGUGAUAUUCAACGCAUAAGUGAAUUAUUUUCGAGAGUACAUCAAGCGGUUGUAGUAGAUACUACUACACCUGGUAAUAAAGAUCUUUCAAAUUCAAUAUCGAAAAUUAGUGGAUCAUAUAGUGGAGUAGCUGAUUUAUACAAAACUAAAGCAAGUGAAGGUUUACGAGAUUUUAUUGAACGUAUUCAAGAAUAUAUUGGAAUUCUUGCUUGUUUUCCAUCAAUAUUAAAUAUUCAACGAAGUGCAACGGAUUUUAUAAAAACUGCUUCACAACGUGCACCACCAGAUUUUUCCAAUGCCAUUCAUCGUGGUCAUGUACUGAAUCAUGUUGUAUUAGCCGAAAUAAAUUUUUUUCAAAAAGAAAAAGUUGCUGAUCUUAAAGUAUAUAUGAAAACACUUGUCGAUGAACAAAUUCAAUUUUAUGAAAAAAUAUCUGCCGCAUUACUUGAUGCAUCAAUAACAUUCAAAUAA